AUGGCAGCAAUCCGCGCGGCUCCCCUCAGGCAGCUCAACGGCUUCAAUGGCGUCAACCCCCACAUGAGGCUCAUGGCCACGGGUCUCCGAUCAUUCUCCACUGCCCGACCUGCCGCUGUCCAGGUGUCGAAGCCCGCCCAGGCUGCGCCGGUCCCUUCGGCUAGCCAAUCCUACAUCAAAGGCACCGUCAACGACCCCACGACGUUUCCUCCUCCCUCUGCUGCGCACGGCUCGUACCACUGGGCAUUUGAGCGCGGGCUGAGCGCCGCGCUGGUGCCCCUCGUCGCCAUCGGUGCCGUCCGACACGGCACGAGCGGCGCCAUCGACGCCUCGCUCGCCCUCGCUCUCGUCGUUCACAGCCACAUUGGCUUCGACUGCAUCUUUGCAGACUACCUCCACGAGCGCAAGUUCCCCAUCUUGGGCCCUGUCGCCAAGUGGGGCCUCCGGGCAGCCACUGUCGGAACGCUCGUUGGCCUCUACGAGUUCCAGACCAACGAUGUCGGUCUCACCGAGCUCGUCGCUCGUGUCUGGACGGCGUAAUGGAAAGGAAAGCGAG